UUACUUGAGAAAUCUUUGCGCUGAAAGAUCGGGAUAAUGUUAGAAUGAUCGAUUUUGCAUUGGCUGUUGUGGAUUCUGUCUUCUGGGUUUUGUUCUGCUGUAGAUAAGCUUCUCAUCGAUCUUGAGAUCGCCAAGAUCAGUAGAGUUUUGCCUUGUUUUGUGUCAAUUUGGGAUUUUUUUUCAUCGAAGUGCGUUGAUUAAGGUUAUUCCGUUUGCACGGAUUUGAGGUGUUCGAUUUGAAGAAAGCGCAUUAGAAAUUUAUAAUUAGUAGAAGCAUCGGCAUGCUAUAAAUUAGCAGAAAAGCUAUAAUAGUCAGAGUCCUCAAAUAAAGAAGCAUUAUUCUUGAUCACUUCACUGAUAAAACUGGUACUGAUUUGUCAGCUUAUUUUUUGACGGAAAUCCUACAGUUCGCUUCUGGAAAGUGUUGGGCUAAAUAUACAGCCUUCAGGUAACAAGGAAGUUUGAGUAAGAUUUGCUGACGAGUCCAAAAGAAUCGAUCUGCUGAAUCCAUCCGUGGAGACCAGUCUAUCUUCUUAGCACUUUGCGAGAUUCUGAAGAAGAUCUUGACGACACUCCUUGCUAAUUUUAAAAAUUCUGAAGCAAUAAGAACAGUUUUUCUAAAACAAUUGGCAGUAUUUACAGGCGAUCUUUGCUAUCUUGAAAAUUAAAAAAGAAAGAAAAAUGGUAAGCGCCCGAGCAGAUUCGGGGCCUGUUUUGGCCGCAGAAAAAACUACUGAAAAUGCUACUCCAAAUUCACGCCCUGCUCGCCCAUCGUAUGUCCCUCCACAUUUGCGUAACAAAGAUCUUCAAAGUCAAGUACCCGUGCCAUCCCAGAAUUCUUCAAAUCCUAACCCAUCUUCAAGAAGUCCUAACCCUGAUCCUAUCCCAAACCCUAAUCCCAUACAACCCUCUGCCUGGGGUUCGAAUCCUCGGGCAGGCAGCCUAAGCAGAACGGGGUCCUGGGCUGCAGAGAGUGAGAAGUCCUUUGGUUGGAGUGGCGAAAGAAACCUUAAUCCUAAUCCUCACCCAAAUCCUCGCGGGCGGGGAAACACCAACAGGCUAAGAACCCCACCUACACCUGAAACAAAUCCAUUUGCUUCCCAUGGCCUGAAGCCCGAUGUUGUCAACACACUCUUCGACCAAGAAAACACGGGGAUAAAUUUUGAGGCCUAUGAAGACAUUCCUGUUGAAACCAGCGGCGAAAAUGUGCCUCCUCCGGUGGGCACGUUUGCAGAAAUUGAUCUGGGUGAGGCACUGAAUCUUAAUAUAAAGCGCUGCAAUUACGUUAAGCCCACACCUGUGCAGAGGUAUGCAAUACCCAUCUCACUGGCGGGAAGGGAUUUGAUGGCUUGUGCUCAGACUGGAUCAGGUAAAACGGCUGCCUUCUGUUUUCCCAUCAUUUCUGCGAUCAUGAGGUCUAACGUUCCUCCAAGGCCACGCGCAGGAAGGAGCUCAUUUCCCCUGGCGCUUAUUUUGUCCCCAACCAGAGAAUUAUCAAUGCAGAUAUACGAGGAAGCUAGAAAGUUUGCCUAUCAAUCCGGGAUCAAAGUUGUGGUUGUAUAUGGAGGUGCACCUAUUAAUCAACAGCUUCGGGAGUUAGAGCGGGGUGUUGAUAUUCUUGUUGCAACACCUGGACGCCUUUCAGAUCUUCUUGAGAGAGGAAGGGUUUCCCUUUCCAUGGUGAAACAUUUGGCUCUGGACGAGGCAGAUCGCAUGCUUGAUAUGGGGUUUGAGCCUCAGAUUCGUAAGAUAGUUGAAACAAUGGAUAUGCCACCUGUUGGUAAAAGGCAAACGUUGCUGUUCAGUGCAACAUUUCCGAGAGAAAUUCAGAGGUUGGCAUCCGAUUUUCUUUCAAACUAUAUCUUCUUGGCCGUUGGUAGGGUGGGAUCUAGUACAGAUCUAAUCGUCCAGAGGGUGGAAUUUGUUCUAGGUGAAGAGAAAAGAAGCCAUUUAAUGGAUUUACUUCAUGGUCAAAGAGCUAGUGGGGCACAUGGAAAGCAUGCUUUGACUCUAGUUUUUGUGGAGACAAAGAAGGGCGCUGAUUCCUUGGAAUACUGGUUAUGCUCCAAUGGUUUCCCUGCAACCACAAUACAUGGCGACAGAUCACAACAGGAGCGAGAGCAAGCAUUACGAUCCUUUAAGAGUGGAACAACUCCUAUCCUUGUUGCUACUGAUGUAGCAGCUCGUGGUCUUGACAUUCCACAUGUUGCACAUGUUGUGAACUUUGACUUGCCAAAUGAUAUUGAUGACUAUGUUCACCGCAUUGGCCGUACAGGUCGGGCUGGAAAUUCUGGGUUAGCCACUGCAUUUUUUAAUGAAAGUAAUAUGUCUUUAGCAAGGCCACUUGCGGAACUGAUGCAAGAAUCAAACCAAGAUGUACCAACAUGGCUUCAUAAGUAUGCUGCGAGUUCAAGGUCUUCAUUUGGCAGUGGGGGGCGAGGUCGUCGAUCUGGGGGAAACAGGUUUGGUAGUCGUGAUUACCGAAGAGAUGGAGGCAGAGGUAGUGUGGACCGCUAUGGUGGUGCUGCCCGUUAUGGUGGUGCACAUGGUAAUGUGGUAAAUACAUACGGCUCGCCUGCAGGGUAUGGAUAUAGCAAUCCUGGCUAUGCUAGUGCAUGGGAUUGAGAAGCUGUAAAUACUUGAAUCAGUCAAUGAUUUCAUGACAUCUGAGAUUCUGAAGACUUCGGAGAAUUUUUAACCUUGAAAGUGCAGUUGUACUUUUCUCUGGCAUUAAUAAUUUUAACCUCUAACAAAGUUACUUACCUUAGUACAUGUGAAAGCAGUGUCGACUUAACUGAUCUUGUGACAUUAAUGGAAAUAUGACUAGAUAUUACAAUGAGCUUAACUUUUGCGGCUUAUUAGCCUUCUGUAUAUUAGGAGAACUGAAAUUUGAAGGGUUAGGGUUGUAGUUAUAGUUCCUGAUUCUUGGCAGGCAGCAUCUUAUUUUGUUGCAAUUGACAUCGUGGACAACUAACUUCUAACUCGCCAUUUCUUGUGAAUAUCGAAGUCAGCUGAAAUGUGACAGUGGAUGUGGCAAGAUUUAUGAUUGACAUUUUGUGGGAAGAUUUAUAUCAUGGGGAAUAUAUGUAUUUUCUAACCUAUUUUCUUAUGUAAAUCACAUCUAUUGAGUAAUGACUAAAUCUCAUUACGACGGGGUACAUUGUGCUCUUUUACUAUUA